AUGUCUCGUUUAGAAGCUAAAAAGCCCUCGAUCUGCAGCAGGGAGCCCCUGACGGGCGGGCGCGCCGGGGCCAGCCUGGCGGCCUUGCGGGGCCUCGUCGCGUCGUGCUACGGCCCGGCGGGCAGGCUGAAGCAGCUGCACAACGGCCGCGGCGGCCCCGUGGCCACCACCUCCCGUUCGGCCGCCCUCCUCGCCGGCCUGCCCGUCAGCCACCCGGUGCUGAAGGUCCUGACGGCCGCCGUGCGGAGUCACGUGGCCUGCUUCAGCGACGCCGGCUUAUUCACAGCCAUCCUUUGCUGCAACCUCGUCGAAAAUGUUCAGAGACUAGGCUUGACACCCACCACGGUUAUUAGGUUAAAUAAGCAUCUUUUGAGCCUCUGCACCAGGUACCUGAAAUCUGAGGUCUGUGCUUGCCGAAUCCCAGUCGACUUUGGUAGCACUCAGAUCCUCCUGAGUUUGGUACGCAGCAUAUUAACCAGUAAACCUGCCUGCAUGCUCAUCGCAAAGGAGAUUGACCACAUCAGUACUCUGAUUCUGAGAGCCUUUCUGCUUACCAUUCCAGAGAACGCCCAAGAGCACGUCAUUUUAGGAAAGAGUAUAAUUGUCCCUUUAAAAGGGCAAAGGGUUAUAGAUUCUGCCGUGUUACCCGGAAUACUUAUUGAAGUGUCAGAAGUUCAACUGAAGAAGAUACUACCUAUCAAAAAAUCAGAUUCCUUCAAGGUGGCAGUCUUUUGCGUGUCUUUGUCCGGAGACCUUUCUGAUACUGGAGAAGGAACGCUGUUGGUCAGUUAUGGAGUUUCUCUUGAAAAUGCAGCUCUAGACCAGUUGUUCAACCUAGGAAAACAACUGGUUAGUGACCAUGUAGAUCUUGUCUUGUGUCAAAAAGUUAUACACCCGUCUUUGAAACAGUUUCUCAGAACUCAUCAGAUUAUCGCUGUAGACAGAAUUGGAGUGUCUUUGAUGGAACCCCUGAGUAAAGUGACAGGAACACGGCCUAUUGGUUCCUUGGGCUCAAUCUCUCCCAGUAGUUAUGGAACUGUAAAAGAUUUGUGCAUUGCAAAGUUUGGCUGCAAACAUUUUUUUCAUCUUAUUCCUAACAAAACAACUGUCUGUAGCCUGCUUCUCUGCAACAGAAAUGACACAGCCUGGGAUGAGCUGAAGCUCACGUGUCAAACAGCACUGCAUGCUUUGCAGUUAACAGUCAAGGAACCGUACGUUUUGUUGGGAGGUGGCUGUACUGAAACUCAUUUGGUGGCAUAUAUCAGACACAAGACCCGUAAUGAGCCAGAAAGCAUUCUUCGAGAUGAGAGAUGCUCUCAGACAGAGCUCCAGCUGGUCACUGAAGCGUUCUGCAGUGCACUUGAAUCUCUCGCUGGCUCCUUAGAGCACGACGGAGGUGAAGUUCUUACCGAUGGCAAGUAUGGACACUUCUGGUCAGUUCAGGCCAACUUGCCUUCUGCUGUGAACUGGCCAGAUUUGCCUUCCAGAUGUGGCUGUGGACUCUACAGCAGCCAGGAAGAGCUCAGCUGGUCCUUCCUGAGAAGUGCUCGUCAUCCCUUCCCACCGCAAACCUGCCUUUCCCCUGAAGCCAAAGGCUCAGCCGACACCCUGACCUUGGACUGUUUUACUGCGAAGCUUAGUGGCCUGCAGGUGGCUGUGGAGACUGCCAGUUUGAUUUUGGAUCUUUCAUGUGUCAUUGAAGAUACAAACUGA